AUGGUUUCUCUUACCGAAGUCAAAGAAAACAAGCCAUCUCCUGCCGAAGUGGAUAAGGCUAUAUCAGAGGCCAUUAACGACGCAGAGGCCAGUGCCAAAGAGGUUGAGGAGAAGAUUGCUGAGGAGAUAAAUGCUGCAGAGUCUCAAGCAGAAGCAGAUUUAGAAACUGAACUUGGUCCAGGGGCAACCAUUAUAAUUAAGACGGAGCAGAGUGAAGGGGGAGAGACGGAUGACGAUAAUGAAUCGAACAACGAUGACUCUGAUUCUGAGGAUGAUUUUGAUUCUAACGAGACCUUGCAGGAGAGAGUAGAGGCCUUGAAGGACAUUAUGAGUCCAGAACAGAGGCAAUUGAUCGUUGGUAGCAUCAGUUCCACAAAGAAUGCUAUCAUUUCACUCUCACACAAGACUGGAACCUUGUUGUGGUAUUUAACGACUACCGGUCUUGUUCUUGGUGUUCCAUUAGCAUUGAGCAUCUUGCACGAGACUCAGUUAACAGAACUGGAAAAGGAGAUGAAUUUACAACAGUCGUCCAAUGAUAUUCUUGCACCGGGAGCUUCAAGUGCUUCGGGAAAUGAUGAGACCAAGAAAUGA